UGUUAAAAGCUUUACUCUUGAACUAAACGAGGAGACUAACCGCGUCCUCCAGCUGUUGUGAGUGUUAAAAGCUUUACUCUUGAACUAAACGAGGAGACUACUGUCCUCCAGCUGUUGUGUUUCAGAGACAGCGAUGAUGAACGGAGACCCGGAGUUCUCCAUGUUUCCAGCAGACAGUCGCUUAUUUGAGGACUCGUUCAGCGCGGAAAACACUUACCGAGUUUCUGGACAGAACAUCACAAUUCAUCAGCAUUACUGCGCAAACCUGGGCGUUUCUGCGUCAGUGUGGGACUCCGCUCUUCAUUUAUGUCAGCUCUUUGAGAAAGAGUCUCUGGAUCUCAGUGGGAAGCGGAUAAUAGAGUUGGGAGCAGGAACGGGUCUGGUUGGAAUAGUGGCUGCACGAUUAGGAGCCCACGUGACCAUCACAGACUUGCCUUUGGCCCUCGCUCAGAUCGAGAGUAACGUUGCAUGUAACGCUCCUCUCUCGGGCUGGCCCUCGGGCGCUCCUGCUGUGUUCCCGCUGUCAUGGGGCCGGGACCUCGACUGCUUCUCCUCCGGCUGGGAGUUUGUGCUGGGAGCUGAUAUCGUCUACAUGCCGGAAACCUUCCCUCUUCUCGUGGACACACUGGUCCAUCUGUGUAAGGACGGAGCUGUGGUGCUCCUGGCGUCCCCGAUGCGCAGAGAGCACGGCGCUCAGGACUUCUACAGCCGGGUGUUGCCAGAGGUGUUCGAGGUGGAGCUGGUGCAACGAGAUCCUGAGAGCAAUAUCAACAUUUAUAAAGCCACUUUGAGAUGA